UUUUAUUUGAGUACAGCUCGAAUUCGCUAUUCCUUUCAUUAUAUGUUUACAUCAAUAUUGACAAAAGAGGUGACGAUAAUUCUUAUAUAAAAGCAUACUAUUUAUCGUCACCUAAACCCUUUCAGCGUAAUAGCGUAGUGGUAGAGAAUUCGCUCCGUAAGUGUAGAGAUACUGGUUCGAAUCAUGAAAAGGUUUUUUUUAAUUUCCUUUUAAUUGUUUGUUUUGAGAUAUUUUUCAAUUAACAGGAUUUCACUUCCUCGUGAAUUUCACACAAAUUCGCAUUCAGCAGACAACACAGUCGAUAAUUAGCGAAUAUAUAGCAAUAAAAGAAAAAAGAUGUAUACAAAUGAGCCGAAAUUGUCAACAAGAGGGCCAUGAUGGCCCUGAAUCGCUCACCAGAAACAACUUUUUUUUUCAAUUGCAAAUUUGAACUCGAAAAACCAUGAUCAUCACCUGAGUGCUUCGUAAUCUGAACUUAUUAACCAUUGCGCUUUUCAGGAUGACAUGUUCAUAUACAGUUUGAUUAUUUUAUAUUGCAAUAAAAAUGCAUAAUAUAAUAACUGAAUAACCUGCACAACCAAUUAUAUCAUGAUAUGACUGAAUAAUGUAAACAUUAUCGUCUUCAACUGCAUAUAUACCAUAACUGGAAGUGUUAAAUUUUGUAAUGGUACAGUACAGUAGGAAUUCAUUAGGACAAACAAAAAUUUAUCCUCGACUUCGCCUGGGACAAUUUGUUGUUUAUCCUGGCGAACUGUCUGUUAGAAGACGCUUUAAAAGAAAAUAGGAGUAAGUGUAUCUGACGUUAUCUACUGGAAAAUAAAGUAUGUCCAUUUGAAAAUAUAAAACUAUUGAAAAUAUUUACAUGGCCUAUAAGCUUAGGCAGUGCAAUGUGUAGACAAAUUGUAUUUGCAUGGAAUUCUAGUGCACUUAUUUUAAUCGGACAGAAUUCACUUUCAUUCAUUAUCAAUGUUAUAAUGGCUGCCUCCAGUAUCUAGAGAGUCAUAUUUUGUCGUUCAACAUUGAAACAGACACUUAACAUGUAUUGUGUCAAUGUAAUAUGGAUAACUUUUGGAACGGAAAUAAGGUUAUUUUCCUUAUUCGUAUUUUUAACGCAAUGGUCAUUGAUUUUUUUAUUAUUUUGUUGCUGUUGUAGUAGUAGUAGUAAAGGGACAGUGAAUGUCAUGUUAUUGUUUUGUUGUUGUUUUUUUCUGAUAGAAUGUUCGACAAUAAACAAGAAAAGAUAGAGUUUCUGUAUUUUUCAACGGACAACUGUUAGUGUCGUCAAAAACAACAUCAACAAUAAACAAAUCAAAAACCAAUCAAUGCUAAAAUAAUAAGCUACGUCGUUCCUGGAAACGGCCAUUCAAUUUAUUUAAUUCUUUACCGAUUAACUGAAUUUAAUCCUGAGUUGCGCUAUCUGGUUCGCUACAACUUUCCGUCCGCUUCUAAGGUGUCCUGUUUGAGUCAUAUAAAAUGUCGCCUGUUAAGAUUGAGCUUUAGCUCGACUGUUAGAAAAAAUGGUAGAACUAUUGUACUCACCCACGUGGCGGUUUAAGGGUCACACUUGGGUUAAGUAUUUACUUUGUUGGUAAUGGGAAUAGGUUGAAACUUUACACUCUUAUUUGUGAAAAUAAUACGAGGUCACUAUCCAAGACCCUCACUUUAAUGUGGAUUUUGACAAACUAUGGACCUUUUCGAUGUUAUAAAAAUGCUAUAUUAUCCAGGACCUAGUUUUACUACCAAGCACUGAAAAUAGUCGAACGCAAGAUAAGUAGCGAUAUUUAACAUUCCCCUUCGAAGAAUUGUCGCUUUCGUCACAGGUAUUGUAAAUAAAUAACAAUAUUUCAAGAAACAUGCAGAGUUUUAAGGUUUAAUCAUCGCGUUUUUUAUAUGCUGAUUCUCACAAGGAUUCAGAUAAGCAUGUGACAAAAUCAAUGUUGAAUGGCGCCAAAUGUUCCUUACGAGUGAGUAAAAGAACGGUAACACAAGACUUUUAGAAACAAAUCUUGCAUGUCAAAAGGUGUCCUUUUACUGCCUUCGUACAGACGUAAAACACACUUUUUGAAUAGCUUUGCUGUGAUGGAGGAAUUGUCGUAUAACUAUAUAUAUUAAUUACAUACUUUCAUAAUAGAUUAUAAAAUAAUGGAAACGCCUUAUAUAAAUACAUGUAUGAUAAAGAAUGGACAUUUCCAGUGUUUAUAUGCAUUGUUAUGUUUAUUGACUGAUUAGCGAUUCACUUGCCUCACUUGUGUUAUAAAUGUUCACUUAUUGACUGUAACACUAUUUGUGAGCAAUUGAUUUAGCUAUUAAAGCGGGUGCUUAAACAGAAAAGGUCCAUUAUUUCAUUACACGUUUCUCGUUCCUGGUCUCUGUCUAUUCGGACUGAGAUGAUAAAGAACUGAAAAUCAAAACAAAAGAUAACAUACAUUUUUGAGAUUUGUAAAUGAUUCAACUUAUGCCAUUAUGUAACAGAAAAUAUCUCUCAUAACAUGUUAAUUGAACCGUCAAAGUUGACGAUGUACAUAGUAAAAUAUUUUAAAAAAUACAUGUACAUCUUUUGAAUCUAGAAACUACGAUAUACAACCAAACAAUGCUGUCGAAAGGUUAAAACUUAAAUAUGCCUUCACAAAGCACAUUAUUUGAUAUGACAUAUAAUCCUUUAGAGUAAGUCUAUAUAUUGAUUUAAAAUGUCACUCUCAGAGUGUUUUCUUUUCAGUUCAUAUUAAACAAUGUCACCAUCUUAAAGUCCGUAUUUGUAUGAUGCGGGAUAUCAGACUAUGUAAAGCAUAGCAAAUGUCACGAUUCAUUUAGUUUUAAUACUGAACUUUGAUCUUGAUUGUAGAAAAGCUACAACAUCAUACUUACCUUUAUUGUUCGUUAGUAUAAAACUGUACUAUUAUGUACAUAAAAAACAUGUUUUAAGUGAUUCUAUUGAGUUAUUGUUUUGAAAAGACAGACCCAAUAAAACCGAGUCAGCAGUUUUCAUGUAAUUUUGUUGUGAUUAAUGUACCUGAGGGAUCACACUUUUUUCCAGAUUUUAACUAUUUUGAAAAGAGGUAUUUUUUCAUCAGAAGUAUGACAGUUGAUUCUUGAACUACAAUCUAUUUCGGAUUAUGGCGGGUGUAAAACUUCUUUUAUGUUUACCAUUGGUAUCAUGCUACAUUUGUAAUGACAUUUAUUUUGGAACGGUCGACUUUCAUCUGUGUCCAGAACGGUGUGCAAAAUGCUCUUUACUUUAUUCGUGCUUAGAAUGUGAGAACGAGCUCUCGAAUAGCACGUGUAGGUCAAUAUGUAAAGUUGGUUGUGAUAUGUUGUUUAUUUCUAAUGGAACAAAUUUAAGAGGAUGUUACAGAGGCAAAGAGGGCAAUAACUGUUGUAUCUACUGUCCCCCAUUUCGUGUUUGCGCGGAAUGUGUUCAAAUUUCGGGAGGCCAAUGCGAGAAGUGCACAAAUAAUUUGUACGGUAACUUAACUCACUGUGACAAAAAGUGCGGAAAUUGCCGUCCUAAUGAAGAUGAAAUCGUAACGUGUAAUAUUGUCACCGGGCAUUGUCAAGGUGAUUGUUUAGAUGGAUUUUACGGCAACCGUUGCGAUAAGAAGUGUAGUCAAUAUUGUUUUAAUUCGCAUUCAAAUAGUAGAAAAUGUGAAAGACAUUCUGGAAAGUGUAUAUUUGGAUGUGUAGCUGGUAGAUAUAAUGAAAAAUGCCAAAGCAUCUGCAGCAAAACAUGUUUAAAUAAUUAUUGCAACCAAAGCUCCGGAACCUGCAAUGACUGCAUGCCAGGCUGGUAUGGAGAUACAUGUGAAAGCAAAUGUAGUGAAACGUGUGCUAACAAAGCAUGUGACCAGAAAACCGGACUUUGUUUAAAGGGUUGUAUUCCUGGUCGGUAUGGAAACAAUUGUAAGAGGGUAUGUAGCACGACUUGCAUUGGCAACACAUGUCAUCAAAUAUCAGGGCACUGUAAAAAUGGAUGUUUAAAUGGCUGGUUCGGGAACAGUUGUAAUAAUAUUUGUAACAGCACGUGCUUAAAUCGCACGUGCGAGCAAACUACACAGCAUUGUGUAAAUGGAUGUGUACCAGGUAAAUACGGUAUAUUUUGUAAUAAAACAUGUAGUAACACAUGCGAGAAGAAAACAUGUGAUCAAAGUAGUGGUAAGUGCCUGUUCGGCUGCGUUGCUGGUUGGUUUGGCCAGUUAUGCAACACAUCAUGUAGUAGAACUUGUUUUAAUAUAUCUUGUGAACAGAUGGCUGGAGUUUGUGACAGAGGCUGCAUUGAAGGGUACUAUGGUGAAAACUGCGAGGGGAACUGUAGUGAAACACGCUUAGAAGCUUCAUGUGAAAACUACACAACCGCCUGUCUUUCAUGUGAUUCGCGGUUUGGAAACGGUGUCACGAAAAGUUAUGAAAUUUCCACAACGAUCAUAUUUUCUAUGGACAAUAUUAUGGUGAUUUGUCUAUUAAGCGUGUUUUCUAUACUGUUAUGUUUCCUUUGUAUUCUAAUCGUCCGUCAUAGGGUUGUUGUGUACAGAAACGAAAACAUCGGUAGGGAGAUUGUCUUGUCGGAAAUGAAGAAAAACACUAGAGAAGAAUCAAUUUAUGAUGAAAUUAAAGAUUUAAAUGAUACUGACUCUCAACCAACGUGUGCUACAAAAUUUGGAGGCCCCUCCUCGCAUUUAUUAGGAGGAAUUCAAGAAGAAACACAAGCGAAAGACAGAUCUGAAGAAAGUUUAGUCAUGCUACCAUUUGAUGUCACGGUAUAUAGUGAUGCAUACGCGGAAUACAAUACCACAAAGCAAGGACUUGCGAGAGAAAAUUCUUAUCUUAGCCUGAGAACUUAUGAAACCAGAGUCUCAACGUCACGCCUAAACUCUGACACUUCAUGUGGAUCAAAGGAUGGGGAAGAUAAUAAAUUGGCCGGAAACAGCGAUGACGAUGUAGAAAAUGUAGGUCAAUACUCAUUAAAACAAUCUAAAUAUUCAUCAUCAAAGGACAGCGAAAACGAAUAUCACAUGGAAUCUACUUUAGACGCUUCAACCGAUCAAAGUGAAGAAUUAGUAACAAAUAAACAUCAUGACGACGUGCUUUAUCUACACGCAGUGAAUUAAAUAAUUGUAAAUUGUGCUUAUCUUUCCUGCUUAAUCAUUAAGUGUGACAAUCCACAUGUAGAUAUGAUAUGAUAACACUUUACAACAAAAAGCAUAAUGGUAAUAUGAUUUCAUCGAUGAAUAAAUAUUAAGUGUGCUGGUGACAAUAAUAUACUGUUUUAGUAAUGCAUUAUUUUAAAAAUUCAUACCUUAAAAGAACCUUAUUGGGAGAGUUUUCGAUGAGAUACAUUUAGUGGUUACUAGAAGAUAAAACAACACCAUUUGCGUGUCAUAUGUAAAUUGUCUUGUAAGUAAUAAACGCAAAUUUGACCAUUAGGUCAAUAAAUUGAAUCAUUAUUAUUAUCAUUAUUAUUAUUAAGUGUACAAUGGAUAAAUGCAUUAAUUCAUGAUUUUACAUGGCUGUUAGAAAACUAACUGUAUGAUUUGUUUGCCUCAAUCGUUAAUGAAAAUGUAAAAAAAAGAAGCACAAACAGUAUCAUUGGAGGAAGCCAUUGAUUGCUUCGGAUUUAAACUUCUAUAUAUUGUCUCCCUUUUUUAUCACUAUCAAACAGCUUUGCAAUGUUUUACUCCAUGAAUAAUAAGUUCUAUCUUUACAACACGCACAUGAUGACGUUUAGAGCAAUAAAAAUAAGUUGUAUAUUUAUCAAAUUGUUACAUUUUAGCUAACUUUAUUCAAUUGCUAGGCAACUAUAAAAGGUUGUCCCGUACUUCACUUCAGUUUGUUAUAUUUAUCUGGACGUACGAGAUUAUUGGUUCCAGCACUUUUAAGUUUUGAAAAUUAAAAACCGCUAAAGCCGGUACUUGGGGACAAGAGGGAUGUUGCAUUCUUUCAUUAUCUGUCAUGUACAGACUCAAUCAAACCAAGUCUGCAAUUUUCAUGUAAUUUUGUUGAAAUUAAUGUUCCCGAAGGAUCACCUUUUCCAGGUUUAUUAUAUUUCAUAUUGUUCUUUCAUUACAGAAAUUCUCCAUAUAAAGUCACUUACUUUUACAUACUCCAAAAUAACCAAGAAUGAGUUUUUUUCCCGAUAAAUGCUUGCCUUUUAUGCCACAGUGGUUUGUUUAGUAUAUCUUAUUAUCUUUUGGUCUUUCAUCAUCCGAGUAUUUUCUUAUUAUAUAAUCUUGUUUAUUAUUGAUUCCAUAAGGUUUAUUCUUCUCUUUUCUCUUUAAGAUCUUAAAAUCAUAAAUAACGUAUAUAUGUUAAUUAUCAUGGCAAACAAAGAAAUGA